UCAAGGCAGCAGUUCAGUUUUAUAGCCAGUGACUUCGUGCGCUAUUCCUCGCUUCCACCAUCGCUGAUAGAGUAUUCUCCUUCCUUGCCCAAAUUGUUAGGGUUACGAUACGAAUUCGAAGCGUUCACGCUUCCGUGAGUGGAAUCCAGGGGCCGGCAGCUUUUUUUUUGCCUCUCCAAUCUGUCACCGUCGCCCCCUUCCUGUGCUUCCUUGUUGGGAAAUCUGCGGACUGAUGCCGCUGGUUCAUUGUUCCUUGCGAUCUCUGAUGCUUUUUUGAUCGGUUCGUUGUGGCUCGAUGACCUAUCAGGCGCAGGACGCUGAGGGCAUCGUCGUCCUGGUGACGAGGCGGGGGACGGAGGAUGCGAAUGGGGAUUACGUCACGUUGGGCGAGGGCGAGGCCCACUGCCGUCGAAGGAAGUGGAGUUUAAUCUGUCGGUGGCUGAGGGUGGUUCUCUUGUGUGUUUUUUUGUGUGCCGCAGCUGCGCCUCUCGUCAUCUUUGUCGGCCCCUUGAUCAUCCGAAAGGUAGUUGUACCUGUGUUGAACUGGGAAACAAGAACAUUCAGUAGACCUAUCCUUGUGCUGUUACUUUUUGCUUCUAUUGCCAUGUUUCCAACUAUCUUGUUGCCUUCAUCACCUUGCAUGUGGAUAGCUGGGAUGACUUUUGGCUAUGGUUAUGGCUUUCUGCUAAUUAUGGCUGGGAGCCUUAUAGGCAUGUCACUGCCUUUUUUUGUUGGAUCAUUUUUUCGCCGUGAUCUACAUAGAUGGUUGGAGAAAUGGCCCAAGAAAGCAGCCAUUGUAAGAUUAGCCUGUGAAGGAGAUUGGUUUCAUCAAUUUCGAGCCGUUGUUUUGCUCAGGAUUUCACCGUUCCCAUAUCUUAUAUUUAAUUAUGCAGCUGUUGCUGCUAAUAUUAAGUAUGGUCCAUAUAUAUCUGGUUCAGCUAUAGGAACUGUGCACGAGAUCUUCAUAACAAUUUACAGCGGUAGACUGAUUCGAAGCUUAGUGGAUGCUACAAACACUGGAGUUUUCCUUUCAAUGCAGCAGAUCAUCUAUGAUGCUAUUGGGUUUUGCGUUGCAGCAGCAGCAACCGCAGCUAUUACUAUCCAUGCCAAGAGAACUCUUCAAACUCUUCAAGCCGAAGAGGAACUCGGUUAGUCGCUCAAAACACAAACCUUUCCAUUCGAGCAUGCACAUUUGCAUGUUCUUCCAAGGGCAUUGGUCUCAUUCAUCUGAACAAUGUCUCGUCCCGGCUAUUGCAGAAUUUACAGAUCCAUACUUGUACACCUCUUUGUUAAGACGUAUUCAUCAAUUGUAACUAUGAUUAAUAGGAUGUUUUGGGAAAUGAUGUAGACGAAUGUGCGAAACCUUUUCUUUUAAGUAUUUAUAGAGAAAAUAGAUUCCAUUGUUUC